AUGUUCAUUUUAUUUGACCGUUUCAUAAAACAAGUCGGCCCGCGUGACGUUGUUCAAGUUGUCACAGAUAGUGCUAGCAACAAUGUUUUUGCUGGCAAGCUUUUGGAAGAGAAAUACCCGCACAUCUAUUGGACUCCUUGUGCAGCGCAUUGCAUAGAUUUGAUAUUUGAAGACAUCUUCAAAUUGCCACAUUUAAAAAGGACACUUGAUAAGGCAAUCGCGGUGAACACGUAUAUUUACAAUCGUACUUUGCUACUUAAUAUGAUGAGAGAGUUCAUUGGGCAAAAGGACAUGGUGAGGCCCGCAAAGACCCGAUUUGCCACAACUUUCAUCACUCUAAAUUGUUUUAAGGCUAACAAGAGGAAUUUAAAAAAAAUGUUCACUUCUGAACAAUGGAACAGAAGCAAGUUUUCAAAGUUGGAUGGAGGCAUGCACACGAAAAAUAUUAUAUUGACGCCUAACUUUUGGAACAAUAUAGAUAUUGCAGUGAACAUUGGUUGUCCGUUGUUAAGUGUGCUUCGGUUAGUUGAUGGAGAGAGAAAGCCUCCAAUGGGUUACAUAUAUGAGGCGAUGGAUAGAGAAAAAGAGGCGAUUGCUCAAGCUUUCAAAAACAAAGAAGAUAAGUAUGCAGAAGCACAAAAAUACCUAAUUGUGACACAAUUGGAUCAACCUUUGCAUGUUGUUGGGUAUUACUUGAAUCCGGCCCUGUAUUAUGAAAAUCUGAAUGUGGAAAAUGAUGAUGAAGUGAUGAGUGGAUUAAUGUCGUGUAUUCAUAAAUUAGCAUUGAAUGAGGACGAGGAGAUGAAGAUUCAUGCCAAGCUCCCAAUAUACCGAAGUGCACAAGGGAUCUUCGGGAACCCGAUAGCGAAGAAAAUGAGAGUAAAAAUUGCACCAGUGGAGUGGUGGAUGCAAUAUGGAGCAUCAGCCCCGACAUUAAAAAAUUUUGCGGUCAAGGCGCUAAGUCUUACUUGUAGCUCGUCAGGUUGUGAGAGGAAUUGGAGCGUAUUUGAACAUUUACAUUCUAAGAUGAGAAACCGGCUAGAGCAACAAAAGUUAAAUGACCUUGUUUAUAUCAAGUAUAAUCGGGCUUUAAGAAGGAGGUACAAUAUGCGUGAUACGAUUGACCCAAUUAUAUUAGAUUAUGGAAAUGUUCUAGAUCCGACUGAGUGGUUGAUGGGAGGCGAAGAAGAGGAGGAAGAUGCCCCGGUCUUCGAGGGUGAGAAUUUAACAUGGGGUCAAGUUGCAGAUGCUGUUGGGGCAUGUGAGCCACCUUAUUCUACAACAAGCAGGAAUAGGGGGGCUAUUGACAAGUCUGCAUCGAGCUCCAGAGGAAGAUGUUUAAUAGAUGAGGAUGAUGACAAUAACUUGGGUGAAGAAGAAAAUGAUGUAGCUGCUUAUAAAGAUUUUGAGCCAUCGCCUAUUCAAGAUGAUGAUGAUGAGCCUGUCUAUGAAGAUCUAGAUGAUCUUUGA